GAAUACAUUUCGAAGAGGGUUUAAAGUACAGUAGACACUCAGGCGCGCCCCCGCCUGCUGAGUGUCAGUCCAACGCUGCAGUGAGACAGAAGGCCUCCGACGUCCCCCAUCGAUCGCUUCCUCCCGUGCUCAGACCACCGGAACAAUCUGUCUGGGACGACAUCAGCCCGUGACCCGAAACUGAUCGCCAACCAGCACAUCCAUCCAUCCAUCCAUCCAUCCAACCGUCCAACCAUCCAUCCUCUCUGCUCCAGUCGUCUGCUGCGGAUCACCAAACUCUUCUGCACCGCUUGUUCUGCACACUGAACUCCAUGGACCAAUCAGCAUGAGACUCGGCAGCACGUCCCUGUCCUCGCUCCUCCCCCUCCUUCAGUCCCCGCCCCUCCCUCGCCUCCACCGCUGCUGCCUGUCAGCCCUCUCAGCCAAUGGCAGCGCAGCGUGGUGCAGACGCCUCAGCACAGAUGGCCCCGCCCCUCAGCCUGUGAUUGGUCAGGACUCGGUGGAGGUGUUGGGUAACUCCUACCCCCGUGAUGACUUCACCAACGUCACGCCAAAGAUCCUGGCCCAAGUCGGCCGCAACCUCCACAACCAAUCCCAUCAUCCUCUGUGGCUGAUCAAAGAGCGAAUCAAAGCUCACUUCUACAGCGCCUACAUCGGUCGCUGGGGCAACCCGCUCUUCUCCGUCCAUGACAACCUGAGCCCCGUGGUUACCGUGGAGCAAAACUUUGACAGCUUGCUCAUCCCGCCCGAACACCCCAGCAGGAAGCGAGGAGAUAACUACUACCUGAACAGGAAGACGAUGCUGCGCGCCCACACCUCCGCCCACCAGAGGGAGCUGGUGAGCGCCGGUCUGGACGCUUUCUUAUUGGCCGGAGAUGUUUACAGGCGGGACGAGAUCGACACCAGUCACUACCCCGUCUUCCACCAGAUGGAGGGAGUCCGACUCUUCUCCAACCACGAGCUGUUCUCUCAGGUGCAGCACGGCGAGGAUCUGUCUCUGUUCGAGGCCGGCGGUCGCAGGACGCCUCACAAACAGGAAACUCACUCCCUGGAGGCCGUCAAGCUCCUGGAGUUCAACCUGAAACAAACUCUGACGCGACUCGUCACUCACCUGUUCGGACAGGACCUAGAGGUCCGCUGGGUCGACUGUUACUUCCCCUUCACCCACCCCUCCUUUGAGAUGGAGGUGCGUUUCCAGGGCGACUGGAUGGAGGUGCUGGGCUGCGGCGUGAUGGAGCAGGAGCUGCUGAACUCAGGUCAGAACAUAACUGGUUUCUCUGGUUUGUCUGUGGCGUUCAGGGCGCUCCAGCAAGAGUGCCAGCUGCAGAAACGUGAGGUGCUCAGGGUGCUCCUGCAGGAACGUGAGGUGCUCAGGGUGCUCCUGCAGGAACGUGAGGUGUUCAGGUGCUCCUGCAGGAACGCGUACGAUGCCACCGUGCUGGCGGCGGCGUACUCCGGCCCUCAGCUGGACAUCCUGAUCGAUCAGGGCCGUGACGAUCAGUUCCUGUCAGCCAGCCAGCUGCUGCCCGACAACCUGAUCGCCGUCUGCUCCAAGAAGAAGAUCCCCGUCGUCUUCAGACUGCAGCCGGGCUACGACCACAGCUACUUCUUCAUCUACUCCUUCAUGAGCGACCACAUCAAACACCACGCCAAGUUCCUCAACGCCUGAACCGCUGACACCACUGAAGAAGAGGACGGUGCAGCUCUGCCGCUCUCCUGACAUUAAUCACAUCACUUCCUGCAGGAUGAAUUACAGUAACAGCACCUGUCAGCCGGGUGUCAAAUUCUCUAAGAAAAUGAGUCUGAAGCUUUUGUGCCUUCAGUUUAAAAGCACUUACUAUCGUAAAGUCUCCGAUAUUUAAAGAUAUUUUUGUGUAACUUCACAGGAAACGUUUCCUUUUUUCUUGACAGUGAUCAUGUGGAUUUUCCAGCUUGUCAGGCGCAUUUUUGAGCAUUAAAAGUCUCAUUUGAGUCA